AUGGGCGAACUGAGUGCCCUGGAGACCCAGUUCGAGAAGGAGCUCGGGUACAAGCCAGGGAGCAAAACUUCUUCUCAGGCCAACAGCUCAGGAACAGAAUCACAUUAUGGAGCACCUCAUACCACACCUCAGGUUCAUCAUGUGAACGGGCGACCGCAGGUCUCUCGUCCUCAAGGCUUGGAUCUUCAUGGCAUGCGAACUGAGGGCAAUGAAGGGAAUCGAACAGAAAGUCCAGAUGCAGAUUCAGCCUUCAGCGAUAACGUCUCCAUGCUCUCCAGUGAGAGUUCCACAUCCAGCGGUGGGAGUGGUGGGAAUGGGAACGGGAACGGGAACGGGUCCUCCCAGACUCCACAGCGGCCCACCCAACCUCUAACCCCUUCCAAGGUACCUGAGAUAUCAGAGAUGGCACGAGUCAAGGCAGAGAAGAUCAGACUGGCCUUGGAGAAAAUCAAAGAGGCUAAUGUGAAGAAGCUAUUUGUCAAAGUGUUCGGAGCAGACGGUGGAAGCAAGUCCUUGCUUGUGGAUGAGAAGAUGAGUGUCGGUCACGUGAUGCGUCUUUUGGCGGACAAAAAUCACAUUCGAUUGGAUCCCAAGUGGGGUCUUGUUGAGCAUCUACCGCAUCUUCUCAUGGAGCGGGCAUACGAGGACCAUGAGAAUCUGGUCGAAAAUCUUCUCAUGUGGACGAGGGACUCCAAGAACCGCCUGUACUUCAUGGAACGACGAGAGAAGAAUGCUCUCUUCUGUCAGCCAGAAAUGUUCCUCCUGGGGACGUCCUCUUCUCAGAGGGACCGCAUCUUGGACGAAGAGUCCCGCACUGCCCUUUUAGAGGAAUUCUUUGCUGGAAGUGGAGUAGGUGUUCCAGAAGUGGAAGGUUACCUUUUCCUCAAAUCAGAAGGGAAGAAAGUUUGGAGGAAGCACUGGUGCAUCCUCCGUGCUUCGGGCCUCUACUAUUCCCCGAAGGGAAGUCACAGGGGACGCUCCUCUAAGGAUCUCGUCUGCCUGGCCACUUUCGAAGUCAAUCAGGUCUACUAUGGGGUUGGGUGGAAGAGGAAAUACAAGGCACCUUCAGAGUUCUGCUUUGCUCUCAAGCAUCCCCAACUGCAGGCCAAGUCAGCCAAGUACAUCAAAUACCUGUGUGCCGAGGAUUCCACCUCCCUCCAUCAAUGGGUCACUGGAAUUCGUAUCGCCAAGUUUGGUCAUCAGCUGGUGAGCAAUUACCGGAAACUGAUGGACGACAUGACGCAAGAAGACAUCGAUCGCUUGGCACAGGAACGAGGCUUCUCCAUGGCAUUGCCCCCCUCGGUCCCGACCAUGAACGGCUCCCCCGCUUCGCAGAUGUCGAGCGGCACCAGCCGACGCUCCAGUUCGAGUUCCAGUGGGUGCAUGAGUGAGCGGUCUUCGGCGUCGACGCCGACGGCGGAACAGGGAUUCGAGUGCGAGUUCGCGGGGCCGAUGGGUACGAUCAAGCGGAAGCCAUCCAUGGCGCCUCGACUGCCGUUGACCGUGACCACCCGGAUGCUAGUCAAGGAAUCGGGAAUGGACAGCGUUCCCAGGGAGUCUCCCGAGAGUCCACCCGAAGCGGGCAAUGCGGACGGGGAAGCCGAUUUCCCUCCACCGCCCCCCGAAGCCUUCAUGGCUCUGCCGGGUGCUCUCCUCGGUGCCGGAUCGGAAGAGUCUCUACCGCCUCCUCCGAGUCCGAUGAUGAAACAGAGCACCAGUCUGGACUCCCUCCCUCCGCCGCCACCUCCCGAGACGUCGACUUGCGACGGGAAGCUCUACGACACCUGCUCGCAGAGACGCGCCACGUCCGAAGAACCCUAUUUCAGCUUGGUGAAACUGAGGAAACAGCACUCCAUGCGGGUGGAGCCUUCCCCAUCUAGUCAGAGUGUCCCUAAACGUCCCGCCUACCCCCAACCACCCCCGAAGCCGAGUCUGUUGAGCAUGACGUCCCCUCGAAAGACGGCCGCCAAAGGACGCAAGAUCAGCUUCAAGGAGUCCCCGACCGAGAUAGAACCGCCUUCCACCCAGAAGCCAGUCUUCCUCCGCGAAGCCGGUCGGGGUUCCUUGAGGCAGCAGCAGUCGGCUACCCCGCCUCGGGCCUUCCUCAAGGACCUUCAACGAGUGAUGCAGAAGAAGUGGCAGGUGGCUCAGAAACUGAAGCAGGAGAAUCGAAACUCUCCUUACGAAGUGAUGGGUUUCCGGGACCCAAACGGGUCCGACGUGGACGACGCAUACGUCCACGUCGGUCGGUGGAUCUACGAACAUUACGGUGGCCCACCCCCGGAGAUCCUGCCCCCACAGCCCCGAGAGAGCCCGUCUCAGCCGGGACCCACGUACGGCGGUCACCCGGGUUCACCCGGUGAACACCCCUCGACGUCUUACGGUCCCGCGUCUUCGCAUUACGGCCCGCCUUCUCGAUAUCACCCGCCCCACCAGAACCAGGUCUACGACCAGAGCGGACCGGCGACGUCCGCGCAUCAGAUAUACGGAGUGUUGCCUUCGCAGUACGGCUCUCAACCGAUCUACAUGCCCGGGCACCAGGCGCUCCCAUCCCAGACGUACGGGACGGUGCCGAUCCAGCCGCGACACGGACAGUCGAGCCAGAUCUACAGCAUACCUCCACGGAGCACCCCGACUCCGGUGUCGACCGGUGACACCCGCUACAGCAUUCCACCACCCGCGAGCGAACCCAUCCCGUAUUACAACCCCGACCAGUGGUCGCGCAACACCAUGCCCCCGGAAUACUACGGCCAGGCGUCCACCUCGUGCGUGUACGAGCCCCUGCGUCCGGUCGACAGUGUGAUAACCCCUCGGCACGCCCCCGGACUGUAUCGCCAGACGAGCUUCGGCACCGGGGAUGGGAUCCGCAUGUCCCAGCGGAAGCGACCGCCGCCCCCGCCGCCGAAGCGCAGCGAGACCACGCACUUGUCCGUGAGACAGCCUUGAAUGCGAGGGAUUCGUCGUACGUUGGUUUAUUUCGAUUCCCUCUGUGUGGACUCGACGAACGUUCUUUGCAAGAAGCGUGCAGGUGCGAGGAAGGAGAAUAAUGAUCCUGUGGUAGAAAGAAAAAAGGAAGGCUGGGUUCUCUCACGAUGGCCUAAGAAAAAUGGUGCUGCUAUAUUUUGAACGAUUGUUCUUUUUUUUCUGUUUUAUCGUUUGGUUGCAGUCGCAACCCAGGUGAUAUAUGCGUCUCGAAACAGGACUACAAAGUUAUGUACAGGAGUGUGGAUUCUCUUGUAUCAUAUUUAUGUGAUGAAGUCUGGAAUCACACACACAAACAAACAGACACAUACGCGCAGAGCCUUUGAUAUUGGAUCGCUUGUCGUGCUAUGUCCAGCCGUCAUCAUCGCGUCAAAAGGAAGCUCUUGUGCCUUUUUCGUUCUGCCUUACUUUCUUAAAUUUCCAAUUUUUUUUAAGCACUUUGCUUUUGUUUCCUUUUGCUUGUUCUCUCACACUUGUUGCACCCUGUUGACCUUUUCCAUCGGCAUAUCUCCCGUUUUUCCCCGUGUCUCGUCUAGCCUUUUCCUCUAAUGAUGUGCUGUUCUCUGGAAUGAUGCUUUCGGAUUAAAAAAACAACUGGCAAAUUGAAGAGA